AACAAGAAAGUCAAAAUAAACUUCGACCUUUCUAACAGAAGACGUGAUGCCAUUUAGAUUCACUUCCCCAAAAUUAAUCGUCUUGUCUAGUUUGUCCCUGAAAAGCUUCCGUAGUCACAUGAACGGUUUGUUGUGGUUGUUCCUUUUUUGUUGUUUUGUUUUCAUUUUUACACUAAGUCAUUUCAAUUCUGACAGUAUAAUCGUCUCUAUUCUGUUGUAAUAUUACGAUUCUUCGGAUUCUUUCACUUAUAUGUCUCAUAAACAAGUCACGCGAGAACGUUUGGGAUUUUUCGGCUAGUCCGGUGGCUGGAUGAGGCGUGUGUCACCCCGCAGCCUGAGCCAGACGCGCAGGGAGGCUGUUGCUAGUCAGAUUUUAUUGUUCCUACUUCGAGGGAGUCGGUUUACGGCGGCUGCUUCUGGAGCCGCGGGUCCGUCAUGCUGCGGUGGAUUCUCGGAGGUCGGGAGGCGCAGAGCUCGGGGCAGAAAAGCUCCGUGUUGUGCAUCGGAGAGGAACAGCCCAAAAACUGCUUCACUGAGCUGCAGGUGCUGAAAGGACAUUUUGACAUCGUUCGAUUUCUGGUGCAGAUUGAUGACUUCAGGUUUGCUUCGGCGGGGGACGACGGCCUGGUGCUGGUGUGGAACGUCGAGACAGGAGAGCGGCUGCAGGAGCUGAGAGGACACUCCCAGCAGAUCACAGCCAUCAGCGCCUUCCCCUGCGGCGACGGCUUCACGUCGCUCAUCACCGCCUCCUCGGACCGCAGCCUCAGUCUGUGGGAUCCUGACACAGGAAACAGAGUGCAGACCAUUUCAGACCUGCAGUCUUCUGUGAAGUGUUUACUCGUGCUGGGGCGGCUCUCUGCGUGGCUCUCCGGCGGGGAAGAGUUGUGCGUUUGGGACAAACACUUCCAGCUGCUGUGCCACCGACAAAAGCACAGCGACACCGGAAUUGCUGCUCUGGUAGAACUGCCGAAGAACUGCGUGGCGGCCGCUGUGGAUAAAGAGAUAGUGAUCUACAGAGUGACCAUGACGUCGGACUCGUCCGUGCUGCUGGAUGAGAUCUCGCGUUGCUCUGACCACCACGACCAGAUCCGAGCUCUCAUCAACGUCAACGACGGCAUUUUUGCCAGCGGUUCCCACGCGGGCGAGUUGAUCCUGUGGGACUCGGCUAACUUUAGGAACGUGGCCUACGAGCACAUCCUGUGGGAGGAGCCUCACCCCGGCAGCCAGACGGAAAUCAGACUGGCCGCCCCGAAGCCCAGCGAGAUGUCCGUCCAGCACCUGACCUCCGACGGGAGGCUGAUCCUGGCGGCGGUGGGCAGCGGGCUGUAUGUGUACGACGUCGUGGCCAAAGCCGUGGUGGCCUACAGGAAGGCCGCACACGACUCCAACGUGCUGCACGCCACGCUGCUGUCUGACGGUGAGCUGAUGUCGUGCUCUGAAGACGGCAGCGUGAGGAUGUGGGAGAUCCAAGAUUUACCUUUGGCUGCUGAACCUGCAUCCGCAGGGUUCUUUGGUAUGUGGACUUUUGGACGGUCGAGCAAACAGCCCGGUCCUCAGUCAAAGAAGGUCCUGGAAAUCCCCAACCUGAGGACGCUGGAGCUGACCGGAGACCUGAUCGGACACUCGGGAGCGGUCCAGAUGUUUCUGAGCUUCAGGGAGAAGGGCCUGGUGACGUGUUCGACGGACCACCUGCUGAUUCUGUGGAAGGACGGGGAGCGGCAGUCCCGGCUGCGCAGCCAGGCGCUGUUCCAGAAGCUAGAGGAGAACGGAGGACUCUGAAACCAAAGCCUUUAGUCAGAAGAGAAGGAUGACUAUCGUUGCCUCGCACAUCAUGACUGACGAUUGCUAUUUACAUUCAUUGGUUGACCAGUUAUUUUUUAUUUCUUAAUUGAGGAAAGUUUAUUAAUUAAAGUGAACAAAAAUGGAGUUAAAAUAAAACCUACUGCUUUUCUUUCUGUCAUUGUUUGAGAUCCAUAGAGCUGAAUCCUGUUUGAGGUGAGAAAAAAAAAAUCCCUGCUAUAAUUCUGCAAGAGAAAGCUAAUGCAGAUUUUAACGUCUUUAUUUUUCAGGGUGUCCACGCAUCCUAAAAACGUUUUAAAUCCACAUAUCUAAAUUUAAGGCAUUAAAAUGUCUUUAAUUCAUUAAAAUGUAAGUUGGUCUUAAAGAUAAGAGUCACAGAUCUUAAAUUUUGUUGCAGCAGGACUAUUUAAUGUUGUGUAGUUUUCUAUCAGCCAAAAGUCUGAGUCAGGCACAGACAUUUUAUUCCAGGCAAAAAAACGUCGAAGCUAAAACUUUUGUACGGAGUUGAGGUUAAGACAGUGCAGUGAGAAGCCACUGUCGAAACAGAGCCCAGCAAUACCAGUUUAUGCUGAAGUUGAUUAUGAUCUUCCAUCCUCCAUUCAAGGCGACAUUUAAAAAAUUCAAGGCGACAUUUAAAAAAAGUCUUCAGUUCAGCUGCAGAUAGCCUGUUCUUAAGCCCCGUGUUAAGAACAGGCUUAAGUGAAUCUUCAUUUAAAACAUUUAUUGUUAAAUUAAUCUUUUUCUCUUUACAGCUUACACUGGUGAGUUAUGGAGGCAGCUGCCAGAAUCCUCCAAAGUUGUUCUGUUUUUAUAAAUUGCACCAGUCAGUGCCAAACACAGCUCACAUAUUAAAUGUCACACAUUGUAAACGUGAUAUUGCAUGUUUAUUUAUUCGUGAAAUAAAUCAUAUUUCUCAAACUGA